AAUAACCAACGAGGAGUGAAACGGGGGUGUGUACACAAACGAGCCUGCCGGCAGGAGGGAGGGAGGGAAGUAGGAGAGAAAAGAGGGGGAUGAGUGGCAGUUUUGGUACAGCUGCUGAUGCCAGGGUCUGCGAGUGAGACAGAGACGGACUGAGGAGUGGAGGGCGGCACGUGUGGAGCAGUGUCAACUUGUGGGCCAAGAGGAGAGGAAAAAAGAUUCACAUACGCACACAGCUGGACAGAUGAGGAGACAUCAGGGACCACGCUUCAGUCCUGGGUGUAUAGUGUACUGACCCUGCCUGUGACAGGCGAGGAGUCAGAGGGCCAGGGCCAUGAUUGGCUCUCCUGGCUCUGGUGGGCGUGCCUUAGUGCCAUGGCCGAGGAUGUGGCGAUGGGUCCUGGCUGCUUCUCUGGUUGCCGUGAUAACCUUGACGCUGCCAGGAAGUGGCCAGGCCUGUCCGCCACGGUGCGAGUGCUCGGCUCAGCUGAGGUCGGUGUCGUGCCAGCGGCGGCGCCUCAUCAACAUCCCAGAGGGCAUCCCCACCGAGACGCAACUCCUGGACCUCAGCAAGAACCGGCUCCGCUGGGUGCAAGCAGGAGACCUGGCACCGUACCCGCGGCUGGAGGAGGUGGACCUCAGUGAGAACCUUAUCGCCACAUUAGAGCCCAAUGCCUUCGCCACCCUCCAGAGUCUUAAAGUCUUGAAGUUAAGGGGAAACCAGCUGAAGUUAGUGCCCCUGGGGGCUUUCGCCAAGCUGGGCAAUCUGACCAGCCUGGACCUGAGCGAGAACAAGAUGGUGAUUUUAUUGGACUACACCUUCCAGGAUCUGAGGAGUCUGAAACAUUUGGAGGUGGGAGACAACGACCUGGUUUAUAUUUCCCACAAGGCAUUCUCAGGGCUGCUGGGGCUGGAGGAUCUCACAAUAGAGCGCUGCAACCUGACAUCCAUCUCUGGCCAGACGCUGUCCUACCUGCGCAGCCUGGUCACCCUUCGCCUCCGUCAUCUCAGCAUCGUUGCCCUGGAGGACCAAAACUUCCGAAAGCUCUCCAACCUGCGGGGUCUGGACAUUGAUCACUGGCCGUACCUGGAGUACAUCUCCCCUGUUAGUUUCCAGGGCCUGGACCUCCACUGUCUCUCCAUCACCAACACCAACAUCACCUCUGUCCCCUCCGCUUCCUUCAAAAACCUGGUGCACCUCACACACCUCAACUUGUCCUACAAUCCCAUCAGCACACUAGAGCCCUGGGCCUUCAAGGACCUGCUGAGGCUGAAGGAGCUCAUCAUGGUAAGCACAGGGUUGAUGACAGUGGAGCUCCAUGCCUUUGGAGGCCUUCGACAGAUCCGAGUUCUCAACUUCUCCUCCAACGACCUGCAAACUCUGGAAGAGGGCUCCUUCCACUCUGUCAACAGUCUGGAGACCCUCAGAGUGGAUGGGAACCCCCUGAUGUGUGACUGCCGUCUGUUGUGGAUCCUGCAAAGACGCAAGACCCUCAACUUUGACGGCAGAGUGCCGGUGUGUGCGGGGCCGGUGGAGGUGCAAGGGGUCAGCCUCAGCGCCUUCACCGAUUCUGCACUCUUCGACCACUUUACAUGCCAGAAACCUAAGAUACGCAACCGUAAGAUGCAGCAGGUGGUCGCUCGUGAGGGCCAACCGGUGAGUUUUCUGUGUCGAGCCGAAGGAGAACCUGCACCUUCUAUUGUCUGGAUUUCCCCGCAGCGCAGACGGAUCACAGCUAAGAGUUCAGGGCGCAUUACCGUUCUCCCUAGUGGCACCCUGGAGAUCCGCUACGCCCAGCUUACCGACAGCGGAACAUACAUCUGCAUCGCCAGUAACGCCGGAGGCAAUGACACCUACUUUGCCACACUCACAGUGCGUGGCCAGCCGCUGGAUGCUGCCUCAGCCUUCUUUCUCAACCGCUCGCUGUACAGCGGCGAGUUCUUCAACGACACAAAUCUGAACAGCACGCGCGUUUAUCUUAAGUUCACCUUGGACCUGACCACCAUCUUGGUCUCCACAGCAAUGGGUUGCAUCACGUUCCUGGGGGUGGUUCUCUUCUGUUUCCUGCUGUUGUUUGUGUGGAGCCGGGGACGCGGGCAACGCAAGAACAACUUCACAGUGGAGUACUCCUUCCGGAAAUCUGAACCCGUCACAGGCAGCUCCUCGGGAGGGACCAGGAAGUUCAACAUGAAAAUGAUAUGAAACAACGCAGCCAGGGGUCGCUCGGGGGAGGCAUGAGCACGUCCCAAAAACGUGUUUGACACACGCAAACACACACAGCCACUGACUCGCAAAGAAGUGUGAAAGCACAAUAUGAGAUCCUGUCUAUCAUGGCUCUAUUCAAAAAUUCAGCGCCCACAUCAAAAACAUGCCAUGACACGAUUUGGUUUAAUUUGUGAAUGAAAACAAAAUAAUACUGAUCUCUCGGCCUCUCAGGGGUUUUAUAUUCAGCUUGCGUUGAAAGAGAUGUUUGAAUGAUCCUGUAAAGAACUACAAUAUUGAUAGACUUUUAAAGAGCUACUUGCCAUCCAUGCUUGAUAAGAAUAAUAGAGGAGAUACGUUUUGGAAAUUGGCAUGAAUACUGAGCUGUGGGAUACCGGUAGCCCUGUCUCUCUGUUACAGUAAUGAGAUAAUAAAAUAGAUUUCCUCUUUAAUUUAAAAUUUCCCUUUACUGUAUUAUGUGCAGUCUGGGAUUUUAAAAGAUAUGUGAUGCAGGGAGACCUGGCUACCAUCCAUUAAUAUAAUUUGUAGCUAUGCUCUUCUAAAGUCUGCCUUGUUAAGACUCAUGCAUGUAGUAAUUUAAGGAAAAAUAAAUAAAUUAAGAGUUAAGUUGUAAGUUCAUACCACCGAAUAAAACAAAUUGUUUUGAAAGACAGUUUGAAUCUGUUUUUCCAUAGAACAUAUAACAGCCUCCUUUAUCUAUUCUGACCACGGCUGAAUAGUGAGGCUUCUCCAUUAACAUUAUCCUAAUGUCAAGCUCAAUGGAUGUCAAAUAUGAACUGAUAGUAUCGGAUAAGAAGCACUCGAUUUGGACCAUUCACAUAAAUGACAAAUAGACAGAAGAUUUGGCCUUUUCCUCUUUGUGAGAUUUUGCGACAAUGUUAGCUGUGUGAGUUUGGGACGAGCGCACUGGCCGAGAGCUGCCCGUGGCCCGGAGGGUUUGGUUAGGAAGUCAAGCCCACCGGACACGGGCAGCCACAGUAACCAUAGCAACCAACACAACAGAGAGCAAUUGGGACUGGGCUCGUGGCCACAGGAGGGUCGCUGGGUAGAAGGAGAGGGAGAUAAAGAGGCCCUCUACAUCACAAGCCCCUUUCAUGGGUCAACCUGGCAGCCUCCGCCCCCCCUGCCCUCUGCUGUGUUGGUGGACGCUUGACCUUCCCAGCGCUGCCAGGGGGGAGCAGCCCGGUGAGUUGGGUCAUACUCAGAGGCAGACAGAGGACACACAGUCACACUGUUGGGGUCUUCAAACAAACACAUACACUCAUUCCAGUAGGGGAAAACACACAUAGCAACAUAUGAAAUACUUUUCUCAGGAAAAGUGAGCCUACGUAACCACACCUACAUGCUCUGUUCAAAUAUAACAUUCCAGCAAUACUGUAUGUAUGUAGAGCCAUAAAGCCAAAAAGAAUUCUCUAAGAGAGAAAUUAUGUAAAUGUUUGAGUGACGAAACAAAGCCAUAGUAUGUGUAGGUUGUUUUUUAUAUAGUAGCGUAUGCAUGAUUCAGUUAUAUAAUGAUAAUUAUUGCUACUGACAUCUUUGGUGUGAUGAUCACAGGACCAUCUGCUGUCGCUGGGCUUGCAUAAAAUUGCACUUCAUAACACACACAUAAACACACACAUAGAAGUGAAGGUUAUUUAGAUUGAUGAGAACAAGAAUCGCAGUUACACAUGAAUAAGCGAUCACAAAGUGCGACACUGACUGCUCUCUCUCUGCCUCUGAGACGGUCGGUGUGCGAAUGUCUCUGCCCCCCUAGCCCAGUGCAUCCCCCCUACUCACCCCCCC